AUGGCUGUGAUGGAUGAGCGUAUGCAGAUCGGCUUUCGCAAAGCCAGCUCUCGCUAUAUGUUCAAUUUGGCUCGCAUAUGUGCGAAAUACUGCGGGCCCUCGGCCGAUCGUCGAAUCGCACUUCGGGCGCUGCAGAGGAAUCUUGGCGAGGCACACAUCUCGUCGCCCGUUCUUUAUUUGCCCAACGAACGCGACAGAGCGGCGUGCCAGCGGCUUAAUGAGCUUUUUGAAGCUGAGUAUACGGAGCGCUCAUCCAAAUCACUGCGGAAGCGGCCAGCCCGGGCACGCCGGUCAUGUGAUAUGGAACAGCAAUUAUCCAAGUUCACCACAUCCAAAAUGCAGCGAUCCUGCACGACAGUUGUUACGCAUGGAUACAACUUGCGGAGUUCAAGUCGCUCAAGCCGUUUUGUUGACGGUAUGCAUUCGUUUAGUGCCUGGGACUUCCUUUUUUGUGCUAGUUCGAAGGUUAUGCAUAAAAGUCUAAAAGUGGAAAGCGCCUGGACAUUCGGUGUGGUGAUCCCAUGUGAUGUUGAGGAAGCCAGAAAUACAAGUUAUUUUAAUUCGCUUUCCGAGAAAGGAGCGCUUGCUGGCAUAUUGGUCGAUUCAGUGGAGGAGGGCCCUCUCCGACCAGAGACAAGCGAUUAUUUGGGAUGUAACGAUGAAAAUUCGUUGAAAAUUCGUAAUGAAGAAAAUUUGGCACCGAAUGUUGACAGUAAAAUUGCCGGUAUGCUAACGGUUAUGCCUUGUGAAGAAGGUCCGAGCUCGGACAUAUGCCGAGUACGUUUAGACAAGCGGCGUCGCCCCUUGAAAAGGCUUUGUGAUAACCAGUUGAAAGCCGUUAACAGCAACGAAAUCGAGGGAAUGUUGACGCGCAUGCCAUUUGAAGGUCCUUGCUCGAGCAAGUAUCAAGAAGGACGUUUCACCAAAGCUGCCCUAGAAAAAAAGCAACUGAAGAGCAUUAAAAAAGUUAUCUGGAAAAAUGGCUUCGAAUCUCAGCUCGUUACCGGAAUGCGCUUCUCUGUAGACCUGAUCGCAGCUUUCGACGUCGUUGUGCCCAGGCAGAUCGUUGUAAUUCCUUCCGCACAAUCGGUUACAUUACUUUGGAUUAAUCAAUUCUACGGGAUUUACUGUUGCACAGAAGAAGCUUCACUUUUAAUACUCAGAGGGGGCAGAGGGGUGGAGAGAGACGUGAGGAAAAAGGAAAAGGGAUUCAAAAUGGACGUUGCAUGUUCACAUUUGCACGGUAUCCUCCAGUCCACAUUAAUUUGUUUGCUUUUCACUCGCGCAUUUUGCUUAUUUGAUCCCAAAUAUGUUUUGCAUAAAGUUGAGGAAUAUGUGCAAGAUUACAGCUGUGGUAUUUUCGCGAUUGGAUUCCCGCUGCAUAUUUGUCGCUCGUUGGCGCAGCUCUUCGAAGAUGGUUGUGAGGUACCAUUCGUUGCACGCUAUCGCCGUCAUCUUAUUGGUGGCGCAACACCGGACGAUUUGCGUCAUGCGCUUGUGGCAUUCAAUAAUGCAAAAGCACUGCGAGUGAAGGCCGAGAAGUUGAUAAAGCGUGCCGAUGCGGAGAUUGGGGACAGAUUACUGCGAGAUUCUGUUAAGAAUGCUCUUUCGAAAACAAUGGAUGAAGGCGAAUUGGAUGGCAUUUUUGAGCCCUUCAAAAAGGCCAGGAAGGGCUCAUUGGCAACACGAGCUGCAGAGCUAGGCCUAACUGAAGUCUGUGAAAAAUUGCGCCGCGGUGAAUUCGUGAACCUGCAACGACUCGUUGGUACCAAGCCAGGUACCGAUUUUUAUUAUUUGUUUUUCUUCCCUAUUGAGUUGCCGCACUUCUUUGCACUCCUUUUUGAAAUUGUACCAAAAUGA